UAUAAAAUAAUUAUUUUAUGAAAAAUAAGAUACAUUAUUAAACUUUUAUAUACAGUGGAGGAACUUAAAUGUACCUGUACAUAUAACCAUGAUGUUACCAUGGAAGUAAUGUAUCUUAAAAUCUUUACGUAGCAACAAUAAUAUCGGUAUUCUAGUGUUUAUCAAUUAUUUUGAAGUUUAUAAUUUAAUACUUUAAAGGUUACAAUUUUAAUAACAUGUGGUGGGGAUAUAGUCCAGCAUUAGAUAUACAGUCCGAAAUUAACAAACACGAAAUUAAUUAUGCAGAUGAAUAUCUCGAGGUAUUAAUUGUAGGUGCUAGUGAUGCAAGACAUAUUUUGAAGACAUUAGCAUCAUCUUAUUUAUAUAAUGAUCGCAUUAUUAUAUAUAAUGUAAUUGAAUCAACAUUGGAACAAGUUGCUAGAUCUAUUCUUUUAUUAAAUACUUGUUUAGAAACAAAUUUGGGAUUGCAAGAAGCAACUCGAUAUUACUUAGAGAUAUUUGGAAAUACACUAAUAAGACCUGCAACAGCUAAGUAUUUGAUAAAGUCAUCCAAACAAUUGUCAGAUAUAGUAACAACUACAAUUGAUUGUCCCUGGUUAAAUUUGGAACAAUUUAUGUAUAAGGAUAGAGAUCAGUUACAAGCGAUCUUUAAAUAUUGGGAAUAUGCCAUAUGUAAUAAUAUUCCUAUUUUGGAGUAUUGGGAUCAAAGAAUUAGAAAAUCAUUAAAAACAAGAUAUGAUUAUCGGGAAGGUGUUUUUGAUUGGGAUUAUCACAUGAUUUUAAAAUCUAGAGGUAUUUCAAACUUAACAUUACAAGAAUAUAGAUUUUGGAGGAAUAAUGGAAUUGCAUUCAGUUGGUUAGAAGGUGAACCUAUUAGAAGUAAUCCAACAUUAUUGAACAAUAUAAUGCAAUAUAAUUCUGGAUAUGUACAUUAUACUUAUUCAGGAGAUAUUACAAAUGGUCCUUUCUUCUGUUGGACUCUACAAGAAGAAAGAAAUAAUGAUAAGAUAUGUAGAGCAACUGAUAUAGCUGAAAGAGAAAUUAUGAAAUGUAUGUAUGAAAUCAUGAAUCAAAAAUCAAUGUGUGAAGAAAUCAUUGCAGCACAUAGAGAUUCUUCUAUUCUAAAUGGAACAUUAGUAAUUGAAACACCAAAUAAAGAAAUGAAGCAAGAAUUAUGGAAAAAAGGCAAAAAUAAAUAUAAAAGCAAUAUAUCUUGGAAAAAUGUCAAAAAUCACAAAAUAAUUUUCCAUCCAAUUACAUUUUUGUCAACUUCUAAACAUAAAACUGAAUAUAUUGGUAGAUUUGAUUUUAUUUGGAUAGCUCAUAACAUGGUGGAACAAUUAUCUAAUCUUGUACCAUUACUCAAAGAAAAAGGAAUCAUGUUGGUAGAACUAAAAAAAUAUCUAGUAGAAUCACGAAAUGAAAAUUUACAAAAUUUUGUAAACGAAUUAAAAAGUAUGGCACAACGUAAUAGAUUACGUGAAAUUAAUGAUAUUAAUAUCAAGGAACAUUACGUUGCCAGAUUUUCCAAAUAAAUGAAUAAUUUAAA